ACACGCUGUGGGCAACCUACGUGCAGAAAGCGCUACGUAAUCUUUGUGUGUGUGCGCGCGCGUGUGCGUGUGUGAGUGAGUGAGUGAGUGAGUGAGCGUGUUACAGACAGGCAGUGGAGCGUCUCUGCUCUCUCGUAAGCAUCGCGGGGUUUAAUCGCUCCUUCUCCCUCGUCUACAGGAGGCGCCCGUCGAACCCGUCUGUCUGUCUGUCGUCGUCCCUCCGUCGGUCUGUUUUAGCCGUUGUCUUUAGACAAGUUGAAGUUUGGAGACAAUAACCCGUCCUUUUAUUUUACACCCCUCUUCUCCUGCUCUUUGGGUGAAGCUUCACUGUCAUCCCGGAAGAUUCAGCACCUUCUCUCUCUCCUCAGAGGAAGUUGAAGCAAACAGCACCCUCACAGCUGUGUGUGCGUAAAAUAAAUAAAUAAAUAAAUACAUCGGGAGCCAAUCGAGCAGCCAUGGACGCGUUAAUGAAGGGUUUCUCUAAAGCCAAGGACGGGGUCGUGGCAGCGGCCGAGAAAACCAAGCAGGGAGUGACCGGAGCGGCUGAGAUGACGAAAGACGGGGUUAUGUAUGUCGGUACUAAAACAAAGGACGGAGUCACAACAGUUGCAGGUAAAACAGUGUCUGGAGUUUCUCAAGUGGGUGGAGCAGUGGUUACUGGAGUUACUGCCGUGGCCCAGAAAACCGUGGAGGGCGCGGGCACCAUCGCCGCUGCCACCGGACUGGUCAAGAAGGACCCAGCCAAACAGAGUGACGAUGCCUCAGCGGUACAGGAUGUGGCAGAGUCACCAGUUGAUACCGACCCUGCUGAUGUCACAGAGGAGGACUCUGACGAAUAACCUGCUGGGGAGCGUCGCUGUCGAGGAUAAAUGAUCGAAACAUUCCAUGUUGCUCUGCCAAGUCCCGUCGUGCCUCGUUUUGGUCCUUUAUGGAGUCUGUGCUCAGCGUCGGUGUGCGUGCGUGUGUGCGUGUUUCCGUCCGUGCCGCCCCGUACGUCUGUACAAUAUCCGUGUAAAUGUUGUGAAGAUCGAAAGAUGUCGCGUGAACGUGUUGGUGUGCGUCGGUGUGUGCCUUUUAAACAUCAGUCUCGAAGGAGACCUCAGGUGUGUGUCCUCUGUGACCAGCUGUCAUUUACAGUGACUCCCUCCCACUGAGAAAGCCAGCUGAUCACUGCGUGUCUAUGCGUGUGCGUGUGUCUAUAUAUUUGUCAACUGUGUGGCUAUGUCAGUAACUCAAACAUGGAAAUAUACUGCAGUCUACAAACACCUAAGUGUCUCUAUAUAAAUGAACACUUUACAGUGAUCUGUUUGAGAUGGGAGCAGAAUAAUAUUCUCUAUUUUUGUCUGUAUACUGUCACUGUUUUUUGCGGUGGACUAUAAAGUGCUGAGCUAUUUGUGCUUUUCAUAUUUUUUAAGUUGUCACUGAUAUAACAGAUAUACUAUAUCAUGUUGGAUGGACUUUUGAAAACCCAGAGCAUGUAAGGAACUGAUAUUCAUUUAAUGGGAAUUAAAUGUUGAAUAAAAUGUGUAAAAGUGUGAGACCCA